GGCCUCCCUGGGACGCGCGGCCGCACAACUACCUCAGCCACCUCCCCGCACCCUCCCUCCGUGCUCGCCGCCGCGGCCCCGCCCCCAGGUUUUUGCACUGCCGUAGGGCGCCCCCUGGAGGCCGCUUCGCCCGCUGACCAUGUUCCAGCGCUUCACCAGCCUCUUCUUCAGCACCCCUUCGCCUCCGGAAGAACUCGACUGCCCUGGGGCCUUCGUCUCAGAGGAGGAUGAAGUGGAUGGUUGGCUCAUCAUUGACCUGCCGGACAGCUACGUGUCUCCCCACAACCCCGGGGCUCCCCCCGCCCCCGCAGGCCGCCCUCCGCCCGCGCCCUCCUUGAUGGACGAGAGCUGGUUUGUUACCCCUCCCGCCUGUUUUACUGCAGAGGGGCCCGGCCUCGGGCCCGCCCGCCUCCAGAGCAACCCCUUGGAGGACCUCCUCAUCGAGCACCCCAGCAUGUCCGUUUAUGUCACCGGCAGCACCAUAGUGCUGGAGUCUGGGACCCCUUCCCCGCUCCCGGACGUUGCCUUGCCUGAUCCGGACCUCAGUGACGGAGAGUUGGUGCCCACAGGCGGGGAGCCGAGGGCCCCGCACCACGCAGCCGCGCCUCUGCCCCGCCAGGCUGUGCUGCUGGAGAAGGCGGGCCAGGCGCGGAGGCUGCAGCGAGCCCGGCAGCGGGCCGAACGCCACAUGCUGAGCGCCAAAGUGGUGCAGCGGCAGAACCGUGCCCGGGAGAGCCGUAGUCGCAGGCCCAAGCACCAGGGCAGUUUCAUCUACCAGCCGUGCCAGCGCCAGUUCAACUACUGAGUGCCCCCGCUGCGCCAUGAAUCCCUUGCAAGUCUCCCAAUCUCCAUAGAGUCCCUCCACAGCAGCCAGGGUGCUGCUUGAGGGGGCGUCCAGGGCCCGCCUCAGUCUGGACACCCAGCCUCCCUCUUACCUAAGUGUGAGAGGCAGGGUGAUUGGCCCUCCUCUCCCUUGAUUUCCCCUUCUCAGAUCUUCAUCCUGGAACCUCCUCCAGCUCCCUUCAUCCUCCUCAUCUCAGCAUCCCACCUCCAGCUUCCCAACUUCCUUCUCUGACCCUUACCUCUGUCUUUCCGAACCCUUCACCUUUGUCAUCCUGGUGUACUCUAUUUCUGAGAGCCUUUUCCAUCUCCGUCUAGUUCCUUCUCCACCUUCAACGCCUACUUUGACAGGACUUACCCAUUUGUAUGUUUGGCAUUACUCUUUCUCUCUUGUUCUCUUAUUCAUUCCUGGCAUUUUCUACCAAAUAAUGCGAGGGGGCUCAGUCCAUUCCCUGUCCAGGUAUAAUAUCAGACUUGGGGACCUGGGCCACUGCCCUUGCCCUCCAGUCAGCGGUCAGGCUCAAGAGUUUUGCUUUUAGUUUCUACCUUCUCUCUGCCCUGGGGGCGGGGCUCCUUGGAGCUGCUUGGGCCUGGAAAGGUAAAGUAUGUGGAGGAGGACAGUGAGAUGUGCGUUAGAAGGAGAAGGUGGAGGUUAAGAGGCAGCCUGCUGGGAGGUGCAGACAGGAACACACAGGUUGAGAAACUGUAGGGAGCAGGGUACCAUGGAAGCUGGCAGAGGCUUUUUGUUAGAGAGGCUAUGCCCUGCUCAGGCUUGAGCCUGGAGUCUGCCCCCAUGUCCUUUUCUUUCUUUCUUUUUUGUUUGUUUGUUUGAUGUAGGGUCUCCCUCUAGCCCAGGCUGUCCUGGAAUUCACUAUGUAGUCUCUGGGUGACCUCCAACUCAUGGUGACCCUCCUACCUCUGCCUCCCAAGUGCUGGGAUCACAGGCGUGUGCCACCACGCCCAGCACUUCCCUUUCUUACCAUCCCACCUCCUAAGUAUUUUCCUAAACUCUUAACUCUCAACUCUCUUCAGGCUAAGUCUGAAGGCUUUGAUACCUUGUCACCUUACCUUGACAUGCCACCCCAGAAACUGGUAAGGUCCUGCCAUCCUGGCCAUCCCUGUUCACAUGCCCAAGGUGCUAGCUCAGGAGAGAUGCAGGCCAGAGGGCUUCCAGGCAGGGAGAAGGGCACCCUCUAAGGUAAGAAUACAGAAGAUUGAUGCUGAAGAGGACAAGCAGUGGGGUAUAGCCAUCUUGACUGACAGCUCUGCCUUCAUCUGCCUCUGGCCUUAUGUUCACUUUGCUCCAUAUGGCUGGUUAGUAAACACUCCUGGGCAGGUGGCCAGGAACCUCACUGUUCUAUUUCCCAAAAAUCCCCCAGAGGUUCAGGGUCUUCAGGAGGGGCUCUUCAUUUUCUCUCACAGGGCUUUUCUAGGUUGCUGGGGAAUAAAGGGCGCCCUGUAGCCCCCCACCCCGUUCCCUUUCUUCUCCAGUUAGAAAUCUGGAGAAAGGAACCUUAAUCCUUGGGUGAGACAUGGGACGGGGUGGCCAGCUUUCCCCUUGUGGUGGGGCUCAGACACCAGCAACAGCCUCUUGGGAUGCCCCGAGUUGCUUCCAAUUCUCUAAGCUGUCCUUUUUCAGUGUGUGCUCUCUAUUCCUUGAAACUUUUAAGAUUUCCUGUUACAUACUGACACAGGUCUUCCCCUUCAUCCCAAUUCCAGGUUUCCAGGCCUCACAGCCAGCUGGGGUUGGAGAAAACUGCAUUCCUAUGAGGACAAGAGCAGCUGUCCUCUUUGAUCCUCUAUUGCCAGGCCUCAUGUGGCACAUGUAGGGGAGAGGGUAUCCCCAGCAUGCUGGGAUGGGGGAAGAGGAGGUCCUCUUGGGGUCUCCUAUCCUGAAGGAUGCCAAACUGAUACAAGUAGGUCUAAGACCCUUCACCAGCUCACUAAGGGCCCUAGUGCUAGUUGACAACCUUGUUCCUCUUCCCAAGUUCUUCAGUUACGACCGAGGGUAUUUUUAUUCUUCCAGCUGCCCCAAAGGUCACUUCCCACCUAGGGUCUUCAGCACUUCUGAGAUCUGGAACUCCCUUCAGCCCUUCUUGUCUGUUCCUCACUGCCACUUGGGGUGUAGGCUUAGUCCUGGGCAGUGCUUCUGAUCCUGCUGGUGGAGGAAGCUUGAGUGCUUGGGCCUAUGGCUCAAAUGUCAAAAGACCUCGCCCCCGACCUGUAUUUCUAAAAGUUCCUGUCGUUUGAAAACCCUCUAAUCUCUCACCUGACUGGUUGCAAGGCUUUUUUUUUUUCUUUUGUACUUUCCUAUAGAUUCUGUAGCAUUUGAGUGUGGCAAUAUUUUAAUUGUGUAUAUAUUUCUAAGAAGCAACACUACUUAGUCUCCUGCUAGUCUAACUCCUGAAGCAUCAGACCUUGUCAUACUGUAUUGAAGUGGAUGUGCCUUUCACCUUGAGCAUGCUUCAGGAUUUUUUUUUUUUCUUAAACCACAGAACUUGAAUACACAAGGGAACCAGAAUUCACAAAGUCCUAUGCAACCUUAGACAGGAGGGGGUCAGAGAGUCUGUCUCGACUGAUGAUUUCAGAGACUCUAGAACUAAAGUUUGUACCAAUUGUAUUAAUGUCAAAAUACUACCAGCACUUUGCCAAAACAAAGGAUGUCGGAGGGACCUGUUUCUAGAGUAAGUCUCAGUUACAUCAAAGAGUGACUUCUAGCUUUCUCCAGUAAGUCUGAAUGGGUCUCUCGAGCUGGGUGUCACUUUCUAAACUUUUGCCAGUCUAGCCCCAGCAGGGUACCAUGUGUGUAUGAGUGCAGUUUGGUGCUGUUUUGGAGUAUGCCUGCUCCCCCAGCCUAGAACUCCCCGAUCAACUUGCUGUGACUUUUAACGUCUUAGGUGCAACACAGACCCUGUCACUAGCUCUUGGAUAGUCCCCCCAUAUCCAUGCAGCUCUGUGUGAGGGGACUGACCGCAGAAUAAACACAGCCUGCUUCCGAUGCCCUGCUUCUUUCCCUGCCACCUAGUUCCAAAUGGAACCAACAAGUUGAGUGCAUCCCUGUUGGGUGUUUUGUGUUGAGACUGGCUGAAAUGAAGAGACUUUGGUUGAACGUGUUGUGAUGUGUCGACAGACUCAAGGACACAACCACCUCGACCUGGUCAUGUGGCAUGCCUGUGUAUGUGUGUAACAGGAUUCUGAGUGUUAGAUUAUAAUGCUAUUCCUGUAUGGGAGGAAAAAAUAAUAUAAACAAAUAAAAAUUUAUUUAAAGCACA